ACCGCCCCACCGAGGAUUCUGGGUACUGACUUCCUGGAGCCUCCCGCCGAGGAUUCUGGGACCUGGAAUAACUGCCUGCGCGGGGGAUCCCGGGUAGUGUGCUUGGGUGGACCGCCAUGCGGAGGCGUAGAUCCUCCGUCAGCAUCCGUCAGUGGACGCGGAGCCACCGUUCCCACCCGCUGUCCGUCCCCUGAGCAGCCCUCCGAGGGGUUCCCUUCUCCAUGGAGAGCAGGAAGGUGGCUUUGGGACCCUGGAAGGCCGGCAGAGAGGCUUUUGUGACGUUUGAGGAUGUGGCUGUGGAUUUCACGCAGAAGGAAUGGAAGCUGCUGAGCCCUGCGCAGAGGACCCUGUACAGACACGUGAUGCUGGAGAACUUCAGCCACCUGGAGUCGCUGGCAGGAAUUCCCUGUUCUAAACCAGACCUCAUCACGUGGCUGGAGCGAGGGGAAGAGCCCUGGAGGGAAGAGAGUAGACACCGGCCAGGCCCCCGUCCAGAGAGCCAUCGCACAAGUGGUUACCAGAGCAGCCUGACAACAUGGGUGGUAAAUAGGGACUUGGGAUUUGGCUUCCUGCAUGGCUGGCAGAAGAGCAGGUUGGCAUGUGGGCACAGUUGCAACUUCCACCCUGUCCUGCCUUCAGACAUCUGCGCCCUCGGUGCUCAGGUCCACCAGAGAGCUUCACGUGGGCCUUCUGAUCUCCGGGACUCAUGCCAUCGGCUCCCCUAGGUCUCAGGCUUUCAGACCCGGCUUCCAGAUGGCGGGUGGUGGGACUUCCUGGGGUUCAUAUUUGCAUGAGCCAGUUAGUGUAUCUGCGUGUGUAUAGAUCUCAUUGCUUCUUAGGGGUGACGGGCAUUGUAAAGGGAAAGGAGGGAGUGAGGGAGCACAGGGUCUUGGCAAGAGUUGGAAAAGUGAAAAUAUUCAAAGUGCAGGACAGUGGGCUGUACUCAGGUCAGCUGCUUAGUGCAGUUAGGAUUCCAUCCCCACAGAAACCAGGAAAACCCCGUCCUCCGUGGUCAGACGUCAGCGGAACGGGCCUGUGUCCUUCAGAAGGAGCUCAGUGGUGUGACCCAUAUUCAUGUCUACGCCCUCCUUAGAAAAUGCUCUCAGGAAGGAUGAGGGGCCUUUGGGGCCUGAUCUGCAUGCACCAGGCCUUGCACACUACGCCCCUGCCAUCUGCCUCCCAGCUGGGAAAUAUAAACAGUUAAGACAAUGCCCGGUGGCCAUUUUGGGAGGAAUCACCACAAAUUCAUGAGGUUUACCUUCAGCGUGUUCACAUUCUAAGAAAAACUCAUGCUUCCAGCAGGGGAAAGAUGAAGGAAACAGUUUGAAAUAUGCCGUGGGGAGAAGUAACUUCUGAAAAAUGUCACACACGUACUGACCCACCUAACACGGUCCUGACCUUGAGACCUGCCUCAGCCUCUGACUGGGAGGAAGGGGAGUUGGCCUGCUCCUCCUCCCUCUCGCUCUCCUGUCACACACAGGAGUGGGGGGGCCACUAAGAGAUGCUUCAGAUCCCAAGUAUACCUGAAAACAUUGGGAAGAGCUCAUUUCAACAUGGACAUAAAGUGCAGGCAACCAGCUUUUUUACUAGAAGCUAAAGAAAGUGAACCAUAGUUUCUAAAUGGUAAACAUUCACUGAUUAGUUACAGGGACAUGGCUACACUUUAUGGAAAUUAGUCACAAGAUUUAAGAACACUCUUCCCCAAACUUGACCACCAGAUCAAUACAGCCUGGUACAGUUGCAGUAAAUUACAACCCAGAGACUCUAUUUAAGAACAAGUUCUUAUGGAAAAGCCCACCAGGGGAGACGGAGAGGACAGAAGCAGGCACCGACGCGUCUGACAUGCAGCUACAACAAAUACUAACAGCCCGACUGAGAUAAGUAUAAAACCGCACACUAAAGGCCUGAUUACUUCCAGUUCUGUCAUACCUAACAUCAUUUUUUAAAUUAACAUUGAUAUACAAUCUCAUCCAGGUUUUACUUUAGCAGCACUGUUAACAUAAUAUUUAGCAUCCAGCAAAAAAAUGGUAGGCUGGACCCCUCUAGAAAUCACACUCCAACAAGAGAGGAAUGAAAUAUUUAACAAAUUGAAAGAAAAAGAAACUAACCUGGGAUGCUGUAUCCCAUGAUGCUCAUUGAGAAGUGGACAACAAGGCCUUUCUCAGGCAAAAAAAAGGAAAAUUUUGUCAGUAGGCCAGACUUGUAGGAUGUGUUAAGUCUUUGUCAGUGAAAAAAAUGUAUAUUUAUAUACAUAUAUGAGAAAUGUACAUAUAUAUGAAUUUUCAAUAUAAGAAUAUCAGUUUUACAUAAAUGAGUGUUAAUGUAAAUACAAUUUCUCUUAAUGGACAUGCUGAUUUGUUUUCAAAAUAAUAAUAGCAAUAAUGUAUAGCUUUUGAAUAAGUAAAAUGAAUAAAUGCAAUGAGAAUUGGGAUUACACUGUCAUAAGGUAUCUAACCUGCCCAUGAGAUAGUAUAACAUUACUUUAGAGGACCUGUGUGAGUUGUUAAUGUGCUUAUAAAGUAUUGGAAGCACUGCAAAUUUUUAAAAAUAAGUAUUGAUUUCUUAAAAGAACACAUAAUCGUGAAAAGUUCAGAUCCACAGAAGGGAAAAGAAUAGAAAAUGCAGUGAAUGCAAAACACAUCUAUGAUAGAUGUUAGUCCAACUAACAAUUCCUUUCAAGGUAAAGAAACAUAUUCUCUGUAGAAUAAUUUAUAUGUAAAUACACACUGCAAGGUGAAAUAAGUGGCAAAAGUUAUAUCAUAGCUAUCAUAAACAGAAGCUGGAGAAGAUACAUAGACUUUAAAGGAAGCCAAUUUCAGAACAAGAAAAAUUAUCCUUGACAAAGAGAGGCAUUGCAUAGUAAUAGGGGGAUCAACACUCCAAGAAGUUACCACAAUCCUUAAUUGCUGUGCACCUAACAGCCUCAAAAUACCUGAAGCAAAACCUGAUAGGACUGCAAAGAGAAACAGACAUGCUUGUUGUAAGAGGUGGCCACUUAAGCAGCACUCUAUCAGUAACUGAAAUAUGCAGAAGGCAGAAAACUAGGACAGAUUUCAACUGAGUAGAUAAUCACUUAUGAUACGAUUGUAUCUGACAUUUACAGAAUAUGUGAUCCCGCAGCAGCAGAAUACACAGUUUCUCAUGCACAUAUGAAAUGCUCACCAAGGUGGACACCAUUCUGUGCAGUAAAACCCACCAAAAUAUGUUUAAAAGAAGAGACAUUGCUAUGGGCUGAAUUGUGUGUCCACCCAACCGAACCUCAUAUGUUGAUGUCCUGACCCCCCAGUAACUCAGAAUGUGACUGCAUGUGGGGACGGGCUGUAUAGGGAAGUAACCAAGUGUAAAUGAAGUCAGUAGGUUGGGCCCUAACCCAAUAGGAUGCCGUCCUUUCAAACAUGAGGAAGUAUGACAUAGGCACAGAGAGAUCAUGUGAAGGCAGCAGAACACAGCCACCCACAAGCCAAAGGGGCCUCAGAAGACAUCAACCCUGCUGACACCUUAGUCCUGGAAUUCUGGACUCCACAGCUGUGAGGAACUCAACUGGUGUUCAAGCCCCCCAGUCUGUGGUAAUGAGUUAUGGUGGCCCCAGGAGGCUAAUGCCCGCAUCAUACAAGGUUCACUGUGUGAUCAGUCAAAUGCAGCUAGCACUCAAUACCAGAAACACACAUCAAUAUACCAAAAUACUUGGAAAGUUAACAAUGCACGUCUACCUUACACAUGGGUUGAAGAGAAGUCCUAGGGAAAAGUAUUUUUUAAGUAUUUUGUACAUGAAUGAAAACAGUUUGUUGCAAUUUGUGUAAUGCAGUGAAAGCGUUGUAAAGAGAAAUCUAUACCAGUGAUGCACACAUAAGGAUGGAAAAAGAAAUAAUUCUUUAAUGUAACCAUCUAUCAUAUAAAGUUAAAAAGUAAGAGCAGUAUAAACCCUAAGCAAGCAGAACAGGAAUCAAUGAACACUGGGCCAGAGAUCAAUGAAACUGUAAAUGGGAAACCAGUAGAGGAAAUGAAGGAUACCAAAAGCUGUUGCAUUGAUAAGACCAAAGAUAUUGAUGAACUAUUAGGUUAAUUAACAGAAUUGACAAAUUGCUGAUAUCAAAAAUUAAAAGAUGAACCAGCACUAUUGAUACCAUGGUAUGAAAAUGAUAAUGAAAGAAUAUGUAGAACUCUAUCCAGAAAUCUGAUAAAUUAGGAGAAAUGCAUGAAGUGAUUGAAAGCCCCAGUCUGUGGAGGCUCAUACAAAAAGAAAUAGGUCACAUCAGUAGGAUCAUAUCUAAUAAAGAAAUCGAAUCAAUAAUAACCUCCCAAAAGAGAAGUCACCAGGCUCAAAUGGUUUCACUGGUGAAAUCUAUAAAAUAUUUAAAGAAGAAAUUAUGCCAGGUUUCUACAAUGUCUUCUAGAAAAAUAGAAGCAGGGGGAACGCUUCUCAACCCAAUCUAAGGACAGUGUUACUAUCCAAAGAAUAGAAAGACAUUAAAAAGAAAACAACAGACCAAUAUAUCUUAUGAACAUAGUAAGGAACUCCUAUUAGUACCUAAUGUCCAACAAUAUAUAAAAAUAAUUACAUGACAUGGCCAGACAGGAUUUAUUCCAGUCAUUAAGUUGAGAUUAUCCUUGAAAAUUUUUAAUCAAAAAACAACUUUUGGGUUUUCUUGAUCAUUGGUUUAGUUUGUCUGCUCUCCGCAAGCUUGUCUUUAUGUUUAUUUUGUCAGUAAAGUUUGAAUCUGCUUUGAUUUCAAGCUUACUUUGAAAUUAAAUUUACUGGUUUUCCUUUUUGUGUUUGUCAAAAUACCACUAAAUUUGUUCGUUACUCUUAAUUUCAAUUCAUUCCGGUAUGUUGUAAUAUCCAUUUUUAUUUUUGCUUUAAGCCAAGCGUUGUCUUGUUUCCACACCUACAUACCUUUACCUAAUACACUUUUCUUUGAAAUGAGUAUGAAAAUUCAAAAGUCCUGAUCAGGUACUUGAUGGCAAAUGCACUUGAAUUUAAAAAAUGGAAAUCUAACGACAUAGAAUGCCGAAAGCAGAAUUAAACCAUUGCAAGAAAUAUAUUUAUUUGAAGACUUUUAAAAAUACAUUGAAGCCAGAGACGGGUAAGAUUCCUCAAGGGAGGAACAACCUAAGACAGGCACAGUCGCAGGGGCGCCAUCAGGUGAGAAAUUGGGGAUCAACAGAGGUGAGGCUUAGAACCUCACCCCCCGUUCUGAGAGAAAUCUGCAUACGUGGAUGUUUUAUUGCCCUUGUCUAGCUUUUAUUAACACAUAGUCUACAGGCACACACCUGAUCACCUACAUUUGCUCUCUUACAACACUAAACUGUUUUCUACCUUUAUCUUGUAUCUACCUACCACUUCAGCAUUUUAUUAAAAAUAAUAAUAAAGAGAGAAAUAUGGUAUCCACAUAUAAAUCAAGUAUAAAAAUCAAGUGAGUAUUCAAAUUUGAACUGUUUAUAGUUCAUAAUGCAUGAGCAAAACCGAAAGUUUCUGUGAUGACUGCCCUUGUACUGUUCACUAUGUAACUUAUUCAUUAUGUAAGAAUUUGUUCUCCAUGUAAGAACUUGUUUGUUAUGCAUCAGAAGAUUGGAGACUGACGAAAAUUAGGCUUGGGGUGGAUUAAUGAUUGUGCAUUGAGCAUUGACUCCCCUAUACAGAAUUUUAUUGUUAACAACCAUUUGAUCAAUAAAUAUGAAAGAUGCCUUCACAAAAGAAAAAAAAGUACUCACUUCCAAUUGUAAAAUAAAUAAGUAACCGGGAUGUAAUGUAUAGCAUAAAGAAUAUAGUCAAAAUAUUUUAACAACUUUUUAUGGUGAUAGCUGGUACCUAGAAUCAUUAUGUAUAUAAAUGUUGAAUCACUGUGUUGUACACCUGAAACUAAUGUAAUACUGUGUCAACUACCCUUCAAUAAAAAAUAAUUAUCUACCAAAAAAAAUACAUUGAAAUAAUUCUUUGCUUAAAGCAAAAAUCAAAAUGUAUAUUACAACACGCAGGAAUGAAUUGACAUUUGGGAACAUUGUAGAGGUUUAGUGGUAUCCUGAUGAAAGCAUCGAUGCAAAUAAUUUUAAUUUUAGAGUAGGAAGGCUGAAAAUGUUCACAAAGCAUACAAAUAUGUUAAUGUUUUUCAAUUUCCUUUGCAUUUUUCUUCUUAAUCUUUUUAUCCAUUUUUCAUUUUAAACAGACACCAUCAUAUAUGUGAAAAAAAUAUAUAUGAAAUUCAUCUUUUCUGAUUUAAGUUUAAAUUUAAGCUUUGUGUUAAAGAAAACGAUUAUAUAGGUUGUCCAUGGGGUCGGUAGUAUGGCAGGGAGAAUACAGCUAAUGACUAACAUUUUACCAUGUUGAGGGACACUGACACAAUGGAGGGCAUGGGGACUUAACAAUGGCUGAAUUUUGAGCCACACUUUUGUGUAAUUGAAAACAUAAUAAUAUUGUAUAUGAAUGAUACUUUAAUAAAAAGAAAGAAUAGAAGAAUAAUUUGCUGGGGACAAAAAGAAAACUUCAUUGUAACAUUCUGGAAAGAUGACAAAAUAGGAAGCCCCUGGAAUCUGUCUCCCAACGAUACAACACAGAGACUGGCAGAACCUGCAUGAUGCAAAUAUUUUGGACUCUGGAGGCUACUGAAGCCUUGCAACUUCCAAGGAAAGCCUAGGAAGGUAACCUGGGGUUAGUUUCUAUCCCUUCCAGCUCCUUGCACACUGGCGGCCUCCCAGCCCCAGGGCCGCAGCCAUGCGCUCCUGCAGCAGCUUGCACACAACUUGCAGGAGCCGUACAGGGAAGAAAGGACGAGUCCUUGUCUCAAGGAUCUUGGCUCUGAACAAGGACUGCUGCUUCUGGCCAGAUAGGCCCAGACAGAGUGUACGUGGUCAUUGUUUUUCCUCCCCUUUGGCUGCAAGCCCCACCCUGUACAGCAGAAGAGAUUUCCUGGAGACUUCAAGGGCCAGAACACUCUGUUCCUCCAUUUCUCUAAUUUCCCCUCCAGAGCUUUAAUUAAACUGGAAAAUUCAAAAGGAUUUCCAUAUACAGGAAAACUGGUCAGUGACCACACAGCCAAAGGAAAGGCUCUGGUAGAAAAAUAAAGGGAGAUUUUAAAUUUAAAACUCAGGAUCAUCCUUGUCACUGACACAGCCUUCAACAGUCAAAAAUAAAAACAUAGCCAAAACACUAAGCCCUGGUAAACGGGGAGAGUUUAUUUCCACAGAUAACAAAUUAUUAGAUUCAAUUAUCAGUUUUCCACAAAAACUAUGGGGCAGACAAUGAACCAGGAAUGUAUGACUCAUUCAAAGAAGAAAAAGUCUGUUUCUAUGGGUCAGCUGAUGGCAGGUGUAUGACACAAAGACUCUAGAGCAAUUGUCUUAAAGGACGUGAAAGAACUAAGGAGGUUACGGAAGUCAAGAAUAUGCAUGGGCAAAAUAUGGAAAUAUUAAAGAGAUGGAAAACCUAAAUAAAAAUGAAAAUGAAGUUCUGCAGCUAAAAAUACACUAGGUGCAACAAUAAAUUCCCUAAAGGGAUUCAAAGAAUUUUGAGCAAACCGAAUAAAGAAUUCAUGAACUUGAAUUUAAGAUAGCGCAAAUAAAUGAAUCAGAGGAACAGGAAGAGAAAACUGAAGAAAUGUAAAAAAACCUGAAGAGAAAUUCAGAUAGUCAAUAGACACAUGAAAAUAUGGUCCAUGUGGCUAGUUAACAGACAAAUGCAAAUUGAAACCACAAUGGGAUAUCACCUCACACCAGUAAGGAUGGCCACCAUCCAAAGGACAGACAAAAAGAAAUGUUGCUGAGGUUGUGGAGAAAGGGGAACCUUCCUACACUGCUGGUCAGA